CUCGAAAUUGCCUGCUUCUCCCCCUCCAGCGCCCUCCUCGCCGCCUCAGCCGGCGCCGACAGGAUCGAACUCUGCGCAAACCAACACCUAGGAGGAACCACACCUCCACCAUUAUGGCUCCCUCAUAUCAAAGCAACCGUCCAAACAAUCCCCAUCUUCGUCAUGAUCCGGCCUCGCGGUGGGAAUUUCUGCUACUCGAACGUUGAGUUCGAGGAGAUGAAAGCUCAAAUUCGAGAGUUCGAGACACUCGGCGCUGAUGGGUUCGUGUUUGGGAUGCUGAAGGAGGACGGGCGUGGUAUUGACGUGGAGAGGACGGCUGAGUUGGUUCGGCAUGCGAGUCCGAAGCCUUGUACCUUUCAUCGAGCGUUUGAUGAAGUCGCGGAUCUGAUGAAGGGCCUUGAAAAUGUGGUUUUGACGGGCUGUAGGGCGAUUUUGAGCUCCGGUGGUAGGGCGAGUGCCGAGGAAGGCGUUGAGGGUUUGAGAGAACUUGUUGAAAAGGCUGAUGGGAGAGUUACGGUUAUUGCUGGUGGAGGCGUGAGGUCUGGAAACAUCGAGAGCAUAAAAAAGGUCGGUGGAGUGCGGUACUUGCAUUCGUCUGCG